AUGCAGAACAUCAUUGAAGCGCAGAGAGAUGGUGUUUGGGCCACUCAGGAGAAAAAUACAAACCUCUUCACCGACGCUUACAAAAAUUGUCGCUCCGUCGUACUGCUGUUCAGCGUCAACAAAAGCAUGGCUUUCCAAGGCGCUGCUGUAAUGACAGGUCCACCAUCACCAACUGUCCCUCUGCCCCUCUUCUGCCGUAAACUAAAGUGGCCCACAUCACCACCUUUCAAGAUUCGCUGGCUCUGCACUACGCCAGUGCAUUUCAAGUUCGUCGGUCACCUGAGAGAUACAAUGAAUCUCAGAGAUGAUGGUGAGCCGCAUGCUGUGCUUGUUGGUAAAGAUGGACAGGAAGUCAACCCCUCAGCGGGACAUGGGGUCGUAAAGAUUCUGAAGGAAAGAGACGAAGAGGCUAAGGAAGAGGACGACAGACCCUGA